CUGACACUCAUUAUUCCGGUUAGACAAAGUGCACGACGUGUGAGGUGCAGAUGCAUGACAGAAAAGUGUGAAAACCAGAAAAGCUUUUCCUGCCUCACAGCCUUUGACACCCUCAUCUGCUGCUACAGCCUGCUGCACUCUCAUCUCUUAAGCACACACGGGAGCCUGUCUCAGAGGCAACAUGGAGAGGGAGGGGAUGCUGGUCCGGUCUAUUUACUUCGGGAGAAUUGGAAGCGAGGCCACAGAGAGGCUGCUGGGGAGGUUUGGACAUGAUGGGAGCUUUCUGCUCAGAGACAGCGAGACUGUGCAGGGGGCCUACUGUCUGUGUGUGAGGAAAGCACCGUUUGUGCACACCUACAGGCUCGUACGCUCCACUGACGGCUGGUGUCUUCAGGAUUCAGAAGUCCGACUGCAGAGUUUUAGGACUCUGGAAACACUGCUAGAGAGCUGCAGAACGGGUGCAGCGUCUGACGUGGGUAUAGCCCCCCUCACAGACCCACUGGACAAAGCACAGCUACAAUACACCAGCUUUGGACAAGACUUUGUCUACAUGGAAACGUGUAGCAGCAGCAGCUCGGUGUAUUGAGGCCAUGCCUUUAUAGCUUGGCAGACCGGCGCCAUUAAUCAGGUGGACAAGCGAGAUGCAGCAUGUGGCACAUCAAGGAUCUGUGUACUAUAUUUCAGAUUUUUUUUUUUUUAGCAGUAUUUGUGUCUCUUUUAGUAUCAGUUUAAAAAAUACUUUACAUUGGGUGUAUUACUUGACAAGAUUAUGAAAAAGAGGCCACUGUAGUGUAUGCAAACCUUGUCAAUUUCACGUUUCACUAAAGUACUCAAGAGAUUUUGAAAGUCAUUGAAAUGUGGGAACAUUUGUUUUUUGUUAAAAAAAGAAAAAGAAAUGUGUGAAAAUACAUCUCACACUAUCUCUGUUGCUGCAGUUUCAUUUUGUGGUCCGUCAUUGUGUGUGAGAAAGGCUGUUUGCCUGUCAACGGGUUCCAAACUAUUAACUACUAUCUGUGUGUAUUAUGAUGUUUUGUGUCAUAAAAGAAAGAUAUUUUUACA